UCUAUAUAUUUAUCGUGUUUAUCCGUGGAGCCUCCCAUGAGUCCAUCAAUGAAAUUACAACGUGUACAAAGAACUGUUUGCAAUUGUUUAUGUUUGUUGAUGUCCAGUAAUUAAUUUAACACUCGAAACAUGUGGAACGAAAUUUUAUCGAGCAUUGAUGAACUCAAAUUGGGUUUUUUAUUAGCGAUGGUGGCAGGUUAUGGUUUUUACAAAGUAACAACGAGAAACCGCGCGGGAAAUGCCGGUGACAGCCUUGUGAUUGGUGAGGGUUCUGAUGAGCACAAAAUGGUGCUGGUAAUAAGAAAUGAUUUAAAAAUGGGAAAAGGAAAAGUGGCAGCUCAAUGUGCUCAUGCAGCUGUAGCAGGAUUCGAGGCUGUUCUCAAAUAUCCCAAACUCUUGCAGGAGUGGACGGAAAAUGGGCAUAAAAAAAUUACUGUCAAGGUGGACAGUCAAGAAGAGCUGGACCAGAUACAGAAAGCAGCAAGAGCUGCUGGUUUGAUCGCAAUAACAAUUCGUGAUGCAGGUCGUACGCAAAUUGCAGCUGGAUCGAAAACUGUCUGCUGUGUGGGUCCAGGUCCUGGAGAAAUCGUCGAUCAAGUAACUGGUCAUUUAAAAUUAUAUUGAGACGGGAAUAAAAUCGUCAGUGAUUUUUCUAAUGAA